AUGGAUGUCAAACAAUCAGUUCAUGAACGUAAUGAUGCCCCUGUUGCAUCAAAUCAACCACCAAACAAUUUGAUUCGCAUUAAUUAUCAUGAAGAUUGCGAAGGUUUAGUUAAUCGUCAAAUUAAUUUGGAGUUAUAUGCAUCAUAUGUUUAUCUUGCAUUAGCAUAUCAUUUCGAUCGAUACGAUGUUGCUUUAAAAAAUCAUACAAAAUAUUUCAAAAAAAUGACAGAAGAAGAAAAUGAACAUGCUCAGAAAUUUAUGGCAUAUCAAAAUAAACGUGGUGGAACUAUUGUUUUGCUCGAUAUACAAAAACCAACACAACAAAGUUGGGGUUCACCAUUGGAAGCACAUGAAGCUGCAUUACAAUUGGAGAAGGAUGUUUAUAAUGCUUUAUUAGAAUUGCAUGCUUAUGCAUCAAAACAUAAUGAUCCACAUUUGUCAAACUUUUUGGAAGAUGAAUUUUUGGAUGAACAGGUGAAAUCGAUUAAAGAAUAUGCUGAAUAUAUAACAAAUUUGAAACGUGUUGGUCCCGGUCUCGGUGAAUACUAUUUCGAUAAAGAAGCAUUUGAAGAUUAA